AUGCUACUUGAUGUCAAAAGUCGUUCUACUUGGAAAUAUACGAACAAUAAUGGCUUUUCCACCGACCCCCUUGCCGAGCAUCAGGCACUACUUGACUACUUCAAAAUCUCAUGGACCCCGGAGGAGAAACGAAUUUUCACCGAGAGGUUCAUUCAGCACGGCAAGAAUUUUGCUGCAGUUGCCAUGUAUUUGCCCAGGAAGACCACGGCCGACUGUGUUCAGUUUUACUACCUGACAAAGAAGUCAGAGAAGUACAAGAAUCUCCUCCGUCGUCAGCACCGUCGAAGAGGAAGCAGAUUUUACAAGCCUUUGCCGAUGCCGAAACUCGAAGACAUCAACAAGGAUAGUGGUUUAAUCGCGCAAGCGACGCUGUGUCCGGUCGGAUCGUGCAGCACGGCCAGGCGUCGCGUCAGGCCGUCCAGGACGCUGCCGCCUAAGUGGUAUGCGUUGCAGGAGGACCAACGGCGCCUUCUGUGCCAGGAAUUCCGUGAGUCGAUAAUGAAUGCUUAA